GUUUGCGGGCAGCUGCCGGUGCCGCCAUGUCGGGCCGCGGGCGGAGACGGCGGGCGGAGCCGUCCGGGGCUGGGGCGGCCGAUGCCUCUCCGAGGCUGUGCCGGUUCUGCCCGCAGUGCGGGAACGGUGUGGAGCCGACCUUCCGCUUCUGCCCGGCCUGCGGAGACAAACUGCCCGCACCGCGGGAGGAGGAGACGGAGCAGACGGUGCCGACCCCUCCACCGCAGCGGCUCCGAAGCCCCGUGGCCUCCCCGCGGGCUUCCCCAGCCCGGAGCUUGCUCGGAGCCCGGUCCAGCUGCCGCUCGCCCCGCAAGCCGCGGUCCGGGCCGGUUGUGCCGCUGCCGGCGGAGGCGGUGCUGACCGACCAGGGCGGCCGGCGGUGGAGGCUGCUCCGGCUCCUGGAGCAGGGAGACUGCGGGCUGAUAUACGAAGCACAGUCAGCAUCUGGAACCUGCCCUCAAAAGCAAAGAUACACCCUCAAACUUGAUGUCAAAGAUGGCAGGAUCUACAAUGAACAGAACUUUUUCCAGCGAGCUGCGAAGGCAGGCACAGUGGAGAAGUGGAAGAAGUGGCACUCUGUGCCCUUGCUGGGAAUCCCCAAUUGCCUUGGUUUUGGACUGCAUGCGGAGAGCUACAGGUUUUUGGUGUUCUCUGAUUUAGGAAGAACUCUUCAGUCAGUCCUGAAUGAUGGCUUACACCUCCUGAGGGAGAAGGCAGCUUUUCAGAUUGUAGUCCGGAUGCUAGACUGCCUGGAGUACAUCCAUGAAAACGAGUAUGUGCACGGGGACAUCACAGCUGAGAACAUCUAUUUGAACCCAGCAGAUCUCACACAGGUGACCCUAGCAGGCUAUGGUUUUGCAUUCCGAUACUGCCCAGGAGGGAAGCACGUGGCUCUGCGGGAAGGCAGCAGGACCCCUCACGAAGGCACAGUAGAAUUUAUCAGCCUGGACAGCCACAAUGGAGCAGGACCAUCUCGCCAGAGUGACUUGGAAUCUCUGGGCUACUGUCUUCUGAAAUGGCUCUGUGGCUUCUUGCCAUGGUCUGAUGAACUGGACAAAGCAGAAACUGUGAUGGACAAGAAGGAAAAGUACAAAGGGGAUGUGAUGUGCCUCCUCCAGCUCUGCUUCCGCCAGAGAGCCAUUCCAGAUGCUCUGCAGAGUUACCUGCAGCAGGUGAUGGCACUGGAGUAUGAGGAGAAGCCUGACUACGAGGCCCUGCGGCAGCUCUUCAAGAAACCACUGGAAAAAAUGAAAGCUUCAGCUUAUGACUCUGUGGAUAUCAAAAUGGUGCCCUAAAACAAGAAAACAUGCACAUGAGAAGAGUUCAAAGUUUUCUGCAGAUAUUUAACUUUUACCUUACCUAUUUUAGAAGACAGAGUUUUAUAAGUGUUUUCUUCCAAUUUUAAUGUGACCCAAGUUUGAAUUUUGAGCUGCUGCUAUUUACAAGUGAAUGUGAAAACACUCCUGGCAUGGUGAAGCACUGAGAAGUGCAAUGUAGCCACUGGGAGUAGGGUGAAGCCUGGCAUGGAAAAAAUAAAUCUGGGACUUUUUUUUUUAGCAGUGGCAGUACAAGUUUUAUAAUAAACUUUGUAGACGAGCA